UCUGGGUGAUACCAGGACUACUCUCACCAGCGCUCUGCUGUGCAGGAGCUGCCCUGCGAAGGGAAGCUGUGGGAGAGCGCUGGAGAUACCACUUGGAGAAGUGUUGAGGAGGGAGGAGAGGAGCAGAGGGAUUUUGUAGCAGAGCAAGCAACUUUUCUGCACUGCUGUGCAGGAACUACCCUGCUCCCAGGAGACUUUAGAAGAACAUUGUAGACACCACUUGGGAAGAAGUGCAGAGGAGGAGGAGGAGAGGAGCAGAGGGGUUUUGUAGCAGGACAAGCACCUCUUCCUCAGCUGCUGCACUGCAGGGGGGCAAAGAUGAUGAAGUACAUGCGCUAUAAGCCUGUGGGGCCGGGGGACCUCCCAACUCUCAAGGAGCUCAGCAACAGUGAAAUCUGGAAAAUCUGGUCUGGAGCAUCUCGCUACAUCCGCAGACAGCUCUUGCAGAAGAGGGCAGUGGAGAUUGGAGUUGGGACAUUUGCAAUUGUCCCAGUGCAUGCCAGUGUGGAAGAGGGCAAGGUUUUGACUGUUGAGAGACCCGUGUUCGUUGUAAGCAAGCCCUUGAGGGCGUUCUACAACCUUGAGUGUGAGGAACCCAAAAUUCCUGAUGAGACACCUGUUGUUCAGCUGGACUUCGGGGAGAUUGCUGCAGACACCCACUUCCGCCGAGAAAUUGUGGAGCUGUGUGUACAUGAGACCCUGCUUUGCUUUGCUGGGGCUCUUGCAGACGAGAAGGAGGUGGAAUUCUCCUUCAAGGGCAUUGGUAUCCUUGCUGUGCGAGGAAAAGUGGUCAGCAUGACCUUCUUUGAUCAUUGCGUGUUGGAACCAGAUGUGACAGGAAACAUGCUGAAAGCUCUUCUGCAGGACUCCAGCAUGAUGAGGAUCGUGGCAUUUCCAGGCCAAAAUGAUUUUAACCGGGUCAGUCGAGAUGAGGUCAUCACACUACCAAGUCUCGUAGUGGAGACCCCACACCAGCCAUGGGCCCCUCUGAUUUCCCUGAAGCCCAGCAGAGAGUCGGCGCCCUGGGGCGGAGGUUCCCGCAGAGUCAGCGUGCUGGAUCCGGUGUUCCUGGCUCGGCGGAGGGUUUCCCAGGCCAGCCAGCAGUCGAUGGAAUCUGAUCAGCCUAAAGACAAGGAGGUUGGCCGAGGAGGAUUCCUGCCUGUAACCCAGGAGAAGACCGAUAAGACGCUAAUGCACCCCACACCUCAGUCUGAGUCACGGUCAAAGCUCCCCAAAUGUGCUCCGAGACUCUCAGCAAUGGGAAUGCACUCCCUCUACAAUGAGAGGGAAGAAAGAGAGCUCCAGCUGCUGAUGGCAUCCAGGCGCCAUGAGGUGGAAGGUGAAGUGUGGCGCAAAUACUUUGGCAACCGAACAAGACAGGACACAGAGCAAGGACAGACCUCCUGCCCCUAUGUGUUUGAGGAUCCCUAUCGCCCUCCCUACCUCCUGAGAAAGGCCUAUGCCGAGAAGCUGAAGAAGGGGCAAAGCACAGCAAGGCAGAGCACAUUAGAGCAGCAGGAAGAGCUGCAGCUCCUGAGGAAAGUACUGGAAGACAAGGGGGUGCAGACAGGUCUGUUGGAACACCGUUGGGACGGCCCAGGGACUGCCAGCCCUGCCAAGAAGAUGUGAGCAGCCCUGGCGAGAUCCUUGUGACAGCAUCCAGCCUUUUCAACGAGAGAGCUGCCAGGAAUGAGUGGCAGGGGCAAGGAAUGCCUUAGCAAAGGAGAACAUGCCAAAUAGAGGCUGCUGGUACCUGAUCCCAGCUGGAGUGACCAUGCUCCUGCCUUCACUGCCUUUCUCUGCAGGCCAAGGGGACAGGAGGGGCCCCUGCAGCCCCCUGGCCAAGGGGCAAAUGGGCUGGAGGUACCUGGUCCUGUCAACCAGUGGUGACAGGCCGUGGGACUGAAAAGAGUGGUGUCCCUUCCAGACUAAAGGGCAUGGGGGCUGCAAAGCACAGCUCUCCUGCAUCCAAACACUGCUUUGUAGGGAUAACCAGAGGUCUGUGGCUGGUCACAGCACUGUUGGUACAGAUUCACUCUGGCCAAAGACAGCAGUUGGCUUGAUGCUCCUUGAAGAGCUACACUGACAUGCAGAAAUGUGCUUUAUUGAUGACAGUCUUUUAGUUGAGCCCUUAGCUGACCCUCAGGAACUGUUCAGUGGCCUUCUUGGGAGAAAGUUUUUUCAUUUAAGAAAGAGAGAAACUUUUGAAAGUACCAAAGCUCUUUUUUUUGCACGGAAAACUACAGUAUGAAGAAAGGCCUGACCUGGAAAGGUAAAAGCGCUAGCAGCAGCAGCAGUUUCUCAGGCUCACCUUUCCUAGCUGAGGAAAUCUCAGUCAGGCCUGAUCACAUUCAUAUGUGCAAUGAGGAACCUCCAUCAGCUCUGUGUUCCUGUGUGCCACUCGGCACUGUUUUACAAUGGUGGUGUGAAAGUCUGACAGGUUUGCAUGCAGCUAAAAUGAUGAAGAGGGUAUAAAGGCUGGCCAUUUGCCUGCUGCUGCCAGUGGGUGGCCUUUGUACAGUUCUGAAGUGUAAAGCUGGCCUGAUUUGUCAGUCUUCUAAGCAUUUCUAGUGUAGUGUAGUGGAAUUGCCCAAGCAGUGUUGAAAGAACAUGUAUUAAUUUGCAGCAUGGAGGUGCAGCCAGAAGGGAGCAGAAGAAAGCUGGGGUGUUUAGGGGAGAUGAUGUCGUUCUUACCCUGGGGAAGACAUUUGCAGAACCAUAGGACUGUCAUAGCUGGCUUUUGUUUGAAGAUAGCUGUAAAUGGUUAAAAGUAAGAUAAAGGUCUGAUGAUUGACUGUCUUAUUAAUUCUUCAGCAUUGUCAUUUAAAACUCACACCUUCUGCUCUCACAAAACUGAGGCAGGGCUUUAAAAUGAACUGUGUGUUUAGCCACAAGUCAAGGAAGAACUAAUUUCCAGCAGAGAAGCUGGACUGCCUUGGGAAGGGUGCUGUUUACCGUGCAUCGUUGAUGUUGGUGGAAGUUAGUGGUGCAAUCUGCUGGUCAAACUGGUUUUGCUUUGAUUAGCAUUUUGCU